AUGGCUAAACGAAAGUAUAUGUCCAAAGUUGACGGCAAAAUCAACGUCGGAGAAAAACACCAGGCGAAGAUUCCCGACCUGGUUGUGACAGACGAAAAAGGGAAGGACGUCGUGAACAACAACGAAGUGGAAGAGCAUGUAGACGACAUUGUAAGUGACGUCCCAACGAAUAAGAGAGCCCGCGUGGAAGACGAAGUGGAUUCUAAAGCUGUAGAAGGAGCAGAAAAUGCUGGUGUUCAUGCAGAACCCGAACAUGCAGAUGCACAAGUUGGAGAGAACGCAAAUGACGAUAACCAUGCGAACGAAACGCACGAAGCAAACGACGCCCACCAUGCGAACGAAACGAACGAAGCUCAUGACGCAACGCACGACACAAACGCAGAAGAUACGACUGCAAAUGACGUGGCAGAUAAUGCUAACACUUUAAAUGAAGACAACCAUGACGACGCUGGAGCUAGCAAUGUUGCAGAGGCCUCUGCUGGAGGAAACCUUAGUGGAGAUGAUGUAGCCACACCAGACGACAUUGCAGACUCGGCUGUCACGGAGGAGGUACACAACGAUACGAAUGGAAAUGCGAACGAAGCUGCGAAUGAAAACGCUCAUGAGGAGGCCGCACCGACGGAAAACGCAGACUGA